AUGGACUACCGUUCGCCGCUUGAGUUGCGCCAGCAGCUGAUGGAGGAGGCCAGGUCUGCGGCUGCUCAGUCCGCGACCACCAAAAAAACGAAGUUAAAGGCAAGUGGCCUUGAUGGGACCUUUUCUACCCACCUUUCGAGCAAUGUUGCCAGUUCAACGAAUGUUCCUCCUUCAACCUUCACACCAUUAACUGCACUUCCCGACGACCCUACCGCACUGGUGCGGGAAGUACCCGAGGCUGAGAAUAUUAAAGCAAUGAACGCCGCAUUAGAACAUGAAGAGGCAGUGCAGCGCUAUGUCGAGAGUGAGAAUCUUUCGCUAGAGGAAUCUGCGAGGUACAUCAUGGCCAACGGUAGUACUGCUCAAAAAAUGUCUUUUGUUCUUCACAUUCGAGAAAGCCUAAUAGGGUACUCGCUGAAGCAAAUAUCUAAAAUUCUCGGUAUUCUUGUAGAUUCUAUGUGGACCCAAGACCCGGAGCUUCAAUGCCGUGUUCCCGAGGCGCUUCAGGAUCUUGCUGGCUUGCUAACUAGCUCCAUCGCCGAUGAGCUUUACGAGGUCAUAGAAACGAUGCUGACAGUAAAGACACCAUCAAUUCGGAUUGCAUGGGGAAAGUUACUCCUUUCACUUGUAAGUUAUUUGAGUGCUGAACAAAUAGAAAAGUCUCUGAUUCCAUUGUCGCUUGCUAAGAGCCAGCAUGCCGAGCCGCAGGACCAACGUGAACUAAGCUGUGAUCUUCUGGGGUGCGUUUGUGAGUUUUUGCAUCGGGAAAAAGUUGACAAGAUGAUUCUGCCGCGUGCGAUGGCCUUGUGCCAAGACACUAAUGUUGCGGUGCGCGGUCGGAUGUGCCAGCAUUUGAGCACCAUCGCCCACUCUUUGGGGAUUGAAGCAGCGAAGCAAAGGGUGGCGCCCAUUUUAAUUGAGUUGUUGAAUGAUGAAGAGCGCGCGGUGUCAGGAGCGGCUUUUUCACGGUUAUUAGAUUUGAUCGAUUUUUUCGGUCCAGAAUAUUGCAAAGAUCAUCUUUACCCUAUAUUCAUGACUUACGUGUCCAAUCCUCCUGGUGAUGUCGCUAGCCUUUUGGUAGUCGAAUAUGGCCGUUUUCUUGACAAAAUUAAAUGCCAUAUUGCUACGCAUGAAGAGUUUCUUCUUUUUGCGUCUUUUUACGAAAAGGCACUCGAGCGGAAUGACAAUAUUACACGACGCAGUUGUGCGUACAAUUUCCCUGCGGUCGCAGCGUCCUUGCCCCUCUCAGUCUUCUCGCUUCACCUGUCACCGUGCUUAAAUAAGCUCGCGAAUGAUCCAGAACCUGAGGUACGGCGAAGCACUGCUGCUGGACUUCAUGAAUUAGUAAAAAUUUUAGGUAACACGGCUGCCACGUACCUAGAAGAACCCUUUCUGAGGUUACUUGGUGACAAGGAUGGACGAGUACGCUUCUUUAUUUUUCAGCAUGUCGACUUAAUUCUUGACUCUUUCAUAGUUCAUCUCAGCGGUUUACAUCGGGAUAAGUUUUUUGAAUCAGUGGCUAAGAUUCUUCUUGAGUUAGCACCGACGGGUCAUACGAAUUGGCACAUAAUGGAUUAUAUUGUGACUGUAGUGAGCAAAUAUGCACAAUACUUCAGUGUGCCAAUUAUUAUUGAUGAUUUUAUUCCAUUGAUGCUUUAUUACGAAAAGGUUGGAGCUAAUGUUUUGAAAAACCGGUGUGCUAAGUUGGUUAUGUUAUUCUUUGCUCAGGUUUCAAAUCCUCACUCUCAGGUACAGCUGUUUAAUAAACUCGUCACCGAAUUCGCCCGCAGUCCUUGCUGCUACCAUCGUCAGUCGUACUUCCGCUUUGUGCGGGAGGCAACGUCUUUCUUUUCCCGACGGUGCAUUCGUGAGCGUCUGAUGGAGUGCAGCUUAGAACUACAGCGCGAUUCGAUUGUAGAGGUGCGAAUGGCGCUGGCGAGCUCAUUGGUGUAUUUAUCGAAAGGCCUUCGUUCUAUCAGUCCAGGAGCUUUAGAGGAAGAAUACAAUAAUAUGAUUCAGAGACUCCUGAUGGAUGAAAGCGAAGAAGUUCGAGCAGAGGCUCGCAGAAGCACUGACUUGUUGAAGGUGAUGGAAAUUGAGCGACGUAACAACCCGAAAAAAGUCGCCGAGGAAGAGCAGCUUGAUCUGAAGCGGGAGAAGGCUGAGCAGGCCAUGUUAGACCUAGCGAAGGAAUUCGACAAGGCGGAGCGGCGGGCGAAGCUGCGCGAGCUUCUAAAGAACGGCCGUGAUAAGGAGUUCCUGGAUAUGGGGGUGGCUGUCAACCCCCGCAAGGGGUUGAACGGCCGCACUUCCAGUACCCCGAAGCGCAGGCGCUCCUUGCAUAACAUAGUUGGUGGUUGCUGUAUGAAAAGUUCGGGGUCCUCUAGCCAUACCAACGUAGAGUUACCUCGCUUAUUAAAUUCAAAGUCAACGGCGUUAUCUUCUCCAACCUACUUAAGGCGAAAACGUUAA